AUGGAACAGAUAUCGGAGGUACCCUUGGAAGAGACCGACCCGAUGGAUAAUGGUACGACUACCCAACAUAAUAACACCACAUGGAAUGAUAAUAAUGGAAACGUUAACAAUCCUGGUACAAGUACUGGAACUUCUGCGACAUAUCCAUUUCAAUUCACAAAUCCAUGGGAUAAUGAAAAGAUUCCACCACCUUUACAACAACAACAACAACAACAACAACAACAACAAUUGCAAAUGCAAAUGCAAUCAACAGCUGAUAUGCAGCGACGUAAGUCCAGUCUUGUGAUUCCUCCUACUAGAGCUCCUGGUCCCAACCCUUUCCACUAUGAUGCAUUACUGAUGAAUACCAAUAUUCCUAUGCCUGAAAUAUAUCCACAACAACAGGUGCAAAGACCAAGUGUGGUGUUUCAACAACAGGAGGCAAACCAUAUCCAACAAAUUGUUCAAGCACAACAAGCGCAACAGAAACAGAUUAGCACAAGAUUGCUACCAUCGUUGUAUAAUUCACAGGACUACCAUCGUAGACAAAGUGUGGCUGCUGCACACUAUAACCCAAGCAAUUAUUACCAACAACCAACUCAAAACACAUCCCUUAGCGCUAGUAACAGUAGUACAAAUUUACCCAUGAUAUCACCUUAUCGGAGACUCAGUGCAUUCCCAACGGCAGCCCAUCAUUCUGCAUUUACUCAGCAAAACCCUAUCCCACCACCACCUCAACAACAAUACGUCAUACCUCAAAUGCAUGUGGUGAACAAUAGAAGGGAUUUAAAACCACAAAUCAAUAAGGUUCCUAAAUAUAGAAGGGCAUCCCUUAACUCAAAGACAAUAUCACCUUUAAUAGGUCUCACAAAAAAUCUCAUUACUACUUAUCAAUUAUGCUCUUCGGAAUUUGUGUAUCAAACUUCAAAGAACCCUAAACGUGUACUUACAAAGCCUAGUGAAGGUAAAUAUAAUAAUGGUUAUGAUAAUAUCAACAGUGACUAUAUCCUUUAUGUGAAUGAUGUUCUUGGGGUAGAACAAAACAGAAAGUACUUAGUCCUAGACAUUCUAGGCCAAGGCACAUUUGGUCAAGUAGUUAAAUGCCAAAAUUUAAUGACAAAAGAAAUUAUAGCUGUCAAAGUUAUAAAAUCUAAAUCUGAAUAUUUGAACCAGAGUCUUACUGAGGUUAAGAUUCUAGAAUUAAUAAAUGAGAAGAUCGACCCACAAAACAAACACCAUUUUUUAAGAAUGUAUGAUUCAUUUAUCCAUAAGAACCACCUGUGUCUUGUCUUUGAACUACUAAGCAAUAACCUAUACGAGCUUUUGAAACAAAAUCAAUAUCAUGGCCUCUCAAUGCAAUUGAUCAAGAUAUUUACACGUCAAAUGUUGGAUUCACUUUGUAUUCUGAAGGAUAACAAAUUAAUCCAUUGUGAUUUGAAACCAGAAAAUAUUUUAUUAUGUUCUCCAGAUAAACCAGAUAUCAAAGUAAUUGAUUUUGGAUCUUCAUGCGAUGAGACGAAAACUGUUUACACGUACAUUCAAUCACGGUUUUAUCGUGCACCUGAGGUGAUUCUUGGGAUACCAUAUUCUACUAGUAUUGAUAUGUGGUCAUUUGGUUGUAUUGUUGCUGAACUAUUCCUUGGUAUCCCUAUAUUCCCCGGCGCAUCAGAAUACAACCAAAUUUGUAGAAUCGUUAAUGCUUUGGAUUAUCCCCCAAAUUGGAUGUUGGAAAUGGGGAAGAAUACAUCGAAAUUCAUGAUUAAGAAGGAAGCAAAUCAGAACGAAUCAACAAGUACAAUUGACAACCCAACACCUUCUGAAACAAAAUUCUUGCUGAAGACUUUAGAUGAAUUUAAUGCAGAAUAUCCAAAAGCAAAUGAACAACCAAGCAAACAAUAUUUCAAAUGGUCAAAACUAAGUGACGUUGUGAGAAAUUAUAAGAUCCCCAAGAGCAUUCAACAUUCACAAACACUAAUUGACCAAGAGAUGGCAAGCCGUGAAUGUCUCUUACAUUUCCUUACUGGUAUCCUGAAUUUAAACCCUCUUGAGAGAUGGACUCCACAGCAGGCUUCUUUACAUCCUUUUGUUACGAACCAACCAUUUACAGGGGAAUGGUACCCACCAGGUCUAUUACAUAAAAGAACUGUAAGCAACAACGCUGAAUCCAAAACAUCUAUCCGUCAUCACUCUUUACAUGAAGGUGUUGCUGCAAAAAAAUUCGAUAGCCUGACAUUAGAAGGGUAA